GGAAGGGAAAGGAAAGGAAAGAAGAGAGAGAGAAGGUUGCUAAAAAUAAAAGACAUGGAAGCAAAUAUAAAAGGGGGUUGAAGGAAAGCAAAGAAACUCACAUUUUGCAUCUCACAGCGAUUUCUAGGUUCCAGGAAGAAAGAGAGAGAGAGAGGAAAGAAAGCAAGGGAGAAGAAAAGCAACCCCACCCCACCCCAACCACAUAAAAAAAAACUCCAACAACGUUUGCUUAACAACGUUGUUACACAUUACAUGGCCACUCGUGUUAUCCCUCCAAGAAUCCUAAGGAACGUCAGCUACAACACCUCCACAAAGCCCCUAAACUCCACCCACACUUCUCUCUUACCCACUCUCUCUCCUCCUCCUUCUCCCGAAGUCCCACCGCCCACCUCCGCCGUCCUCCCUCCUGCCGCCGACGACCUCAACUUCCAAGACCUCCGCAAGCUCUUCUCCCACGUCCCCACCUCCACCCUCCUCCGCUCCACCGCCGUCCUCCACGCCACCGCCGUUGAUCCCUUGGUUGACUUUGGCACCUGGCUCAUGCGCUCAAACCUCAUGCACGUCAACGGCCUCCGCGACAUCUUCCUCGCCUCCAUCCGCCACACCUUCUACCACCACUUCUGCGCCGGAGAAGACGCCCCCACCGCCGCCUCCAGCAUCCGUGCUCUCAACCACACAGGCCUCCGUGGCAUGCUUGUCUACGGCGUCGAAGACGCCCUUGAUAACGAGGCCUGCGACCGCAACCUCCGUGGCUUCCUUCGGACCGUCGACGUCAGCAGAUCGCUUCCCCCAUCUUCGGUGAGCUUUGUAAUCGUGAAAAUCACUGCAAUAUGUCCCAUGAGUUUACUAGAAAGAAUGAGUGACUUGCUUAGGUGGCAGCACAAGGACCCUUCUUUCAGUUUGCCAUGGAAGCAAGAUUGCUUCCCCAUUUUCUCUGAGUCAAGCCCUUUGUACCACACUAGAAGUAGACCUGAGCCUCUCACCCCAGAGGAAGAGAGAGACCUUGAACUUGCCAAUCAGAGAUUCCUUGAGCUUUGCCAAAAGUGUGUGAAUGCCAACAUGCCUUUGAUGGUUGAUGCAGAACACACUUCUGUCCAACCCGCUAUUGACUACUUCACCUAUUCCUCUGCCAUCGUGCACAACAGAGUUGAGAACCCCAUCGUGUUUGGCACCAUGCAGACUUAUCUGAAGGAUGCCAAGGAGAGGUUGAUGCUCGCAGCAGAAGCUGCAGACAAGAUGGGAAUCUCAAUGGGGUUCAAACUAGUGAGGGGUGCUUACAUGUCAAGUGAAUCAAAAUUGGCCGAGUCUUUGGGGUAUUCAUCCCCAAUCCACAACACCAUUCAGGACACACACAAUUGCUUCAAUGACUGUUCAUCUUUCAUGCUUGAGAAGAUUGCUAAGGGCCCCGGUGGAGUUGUUCUUGCGACUCACAAUGUUGAAUCAGGGAGACUGGCUGCUGCAAAAGCACACGAGGUGGGGAUUGGAAGGGUGAAUCACAAGCUUGAAUUUGCACAGCUGCAUGGAAUGUCAGAGGCACUUUCCUUUGGUUUGAGCAAUGCAGGGUUUCAUGUUAGCAAGUAUAUGCCAUUUGGACCUGUGGAGACUGUUAUGCCAUAUCUCCUGAGAAGGGCCGAAGAGAAUAGAGGAAUGUUAGCUGCUUCAGGCUUUGACAGGCAACUGAUGAGGAAGGAGUUGGGAAGGAGACUAAAAGCUGCUGUCUUCUAAAUUUGUGGGACUUACUAAUGAGAUGUAAUAAUGUCUUGCUUGUAGGCAACGGGAUUUACCAAUUUUUUUUUUGUAGAAAAUUAGAGAAUCCUGUGAGUUGUUUGAAUUGUGCAUUCAAGUGAAUGAAAUGUGCAUUCAGUUUGUGAAACGUCCAUUAUUUUCAAAUGUAUUCUCCACUUAUGUGGGAUGAGUGCAGUUAGAAAUUAAAAAAAAAUUAUUUAUAUUCCUA